GUUUUUGCCAUUUACCCUUGUUUUCUUUUAGAAGAGGUUGCACUCUGUCAGAGCAUAUCCUAAUUAAAUGUCACACAAAGGUGGAGCUGAAGCAGAAAGCUCAUUAAAGCCCUGGAUAUUGGAGUGGCGGAUAUGUGAUCCAGACGGAAUCCUGAAACCUGGGAGUCAGCCAGCUCUCCUUUCUAUCAGCUUCAGAAUUAAGAUCUACAGAUGCAGGGAGAAUCAAGUGAGAGCUGCAGUACUAUGGCCUCUCUGUGCAGUGCUCGUGUGCAACUGGAUAAGAAUCUGCAGCUGAUGCAGACUGGCUCACUGAUGAGGAAGGUGAAAUCCCGUAGUUGGAAGAAACAGCGAUACUUCAAGCUACAGGAAGACUGCAUGACUAUCUGGUACAAGUCUAAGAAAACAGGGAACACUAAAUCUACAUUUUCUAUUAGUGACAUUGAGACUGUACGUGAGGGACAUCAAUCUGAAAUCUUGCAGAGCAUUGCUGAUGACUUUGAACCUGAACUCUGCUUUACCAUCGUCUUCCAUGGCCGUCGAGGGAAUCUAGACCUGAUUGCAAACACAGCGGAGGAAGCACAAUGUUGGAUCCAAGGCCUGCAAAAACUAAUAGAGACUGUGACUAAUAUGGAUCAGAAGGAAUUAUUGGACCAGUGGAUAUGUGACUGGUUUCAGAAAGCAGAUAAGAACAAAGAUGGAAGGAUGAAUUUUAAGGAAGUACAGGAUCUUCUAAAAAUGAUGAAUGUAGAUAUGAAUGAGCAUCAUGCUUACCGCCUUUUCCAGAUGGCAGAUAAGUCAGAGUCAGGAACACUAGAAGGGGAGGAAUUUGUCCUAUUUUAUAAAGCUCUGACACAGCGGGAUGAAGUACUCAAAAUAUUCCAAGACUUCUCUAAAGAUAGCAAGAAACUUACUUUGCUGGAGUUUGUAGAUUUCCUGAGGCAGGAGCAAAUGGAAGAAGAAAAUGCUGAAGAGUUUGCCAUGGACCUUAUUGCUCGAUAUGAACCAUCAGACACUGCCAAGAAACUGCAUGCCCUGAGCAUUGAUGGCUUUCUAACAUAUCUGUGCUCUGCAGAAGGGUCUAUCUUCAAUGUUGCUCAUGAACAACUCUUCCAGGACAUGACACAGCCACUGUGCCACUACUUUAUCUCCUCCUCUCACAAUACAUACUUAAUUGAAGACCAGCUUAGAGGACACAGCAGCAUUGAGGGAUACAUCAGGGCACUCAAGCGAGGCUGCCGGUGUGUGGAGGUGGACACCUGGGAUGGAACUAAUGGAGAACCAAUAGUGUAUCACGGACACACAUUCACCUCCAAAAUCCUUUUCAAAGAUGUUAUUGCAGCUAUCAAUAAGUAUGCAUUCAGGGUAUCGGAGUACCCGGUCAUUCUGUCGUUGGAGAAUCACUGUAGUGUGGAGCAGCAAGAUGUUAUGGCCCAGCACUUGAAAAGCAUUCUGGGAGAGAAACUUGUUGCCAGCACCUUGGAUGGACGGAUUCCAAUCUGUUUGCCUUCUCCAGAGGAGCUCCGUGGGAGAAUCCUAUUAAAAGGAAAGAAAAUUGGUGGUUUGGAUGAGCACUGUGAUGACUCAUAUAUGGGAGAGGUGUCUGAGGAAGAGGACAAUGGUGAGAUGGAGGAGAACCUCCGAAAUGAGGAAAAAAGAAUGUCAAAGAAGUCCAAAGAGCGUUUGUCCCAAGAGCUGUCUGACUGUGUAAUCUACUGUAAAAGUGUUCCAUUUGAGAGCUUUAAGCAUUCAAGAACCAACUACAAACUUUACGAGAUGUCUUCCUUCACAGAGUACAAAGCCCGAAAACUUGUGAGAGAACCAGGUAAUGAGUUUGUCCGUCACACCGCAUGGCAACUGACGCGAGUUUACCCUACUGGGUUGAGAACAGAUUCUUCAAAUUUUAACCCUCGAGAGAUGUGGAAUGUUGGAUGCCAAAUGGUGGCAUUGAACUUUCAGACAGCUGGAGUAGAGAUGGAUCUAAAUGAUGGACUUUUCCAACAGAAUGCUCGGUGUGGCUAUAUCCUUAAACCCCUAUUUAUGAGAAAUGUAGACACCACAUUUAAUCCUGAUCAGCCACAUGAUCAAGAUGGCUACUCUCCAGUUAUCCUGUCAAUACAGGUCAUUAGUGCCCAACAGCUCCCAAAAGUAGAAAACAGUAAAGAGGGCUCUAUAGUUGAUCCUUUGGUACGUGUAGAAAUCUUUGGGGUUCCUAUUGACCAAACAAAGCAGGAAACAAAAUAUAUAGACAAUAACGGAUUUAAUCCAUUGUGGAAUGAGACAUUACAGUUCAAAAUCCAUGUUCCUGAACUGGCACUUGUAAGGUUUGUGGUGGAGGAUUAUGAUAAAACCACAAGGAAUGACUUUAUAGGACAAUAUACCCUUCCAUUCCAGAGUAUCAAAUUGGGUUAUCGUCAUAUUCAUCUCCUUUCUAAGGAUGGUACCAAGAUUCCUCCUGCAUCUCUGUUUGUUUACAUCCGCAUUACAGAUGUUAAUCAUCUGCAAGAUACAUAAUCAAGUGACAGUUCUUUGUGGUCUUAUUGUCUAUGGUUUUUGAAUAUCAGUAUUAGAAAACUAACUUAUGAAAGAUUGUAAUGUUGCACGUUAUUUAAUGAAUGCUUACAUUUGUACAUAUAUAAAUAUAUUUAUUUUUUACCUGUGUAUUGUACAGUUGAACAUUUUGGUGCUAUAUAACUACUAUGUCCUGUUAUUAGAGGACUUGCACUGCGUUACCGAGCAGCACGUUACUGUGCCUUCAGCAAAAAGUUUUGGUACUGCAGUAAAACCAAAAAAACAGAGCUUAAUAAUUCUGUUGCUGCUUCUUCAAUGAAAACAAGCAAGUAUUAUCUAAGUGUUCAGUGUUACUUCUUGUAUAAAAGGCUACAGUUUUAUUGUAUUCAGGUAAAUUCAGGUAAAUUUAUAAAAGUACUGGAUGGCCUGUGAAGAUCUGGGGGGAAACCAGGAGAGACCAUGAUUAGAUCUCAGAUCAAACCCCUAGCCCUGCAGACCCUUUGUAUACCACGGAUACAUAUCAAACCUCACAUCAGACACCUGCCCCUGCAGACCAUUGGCAAACCACAUAUUCUCAUCAUACCUUAUAUGAGAACAUUGACUCUGCAGUCAUUUGCAUCAGACCUCUGGUCCUUUAUCUCAUCUGUCAGAUACAUGCCCACCUCAGACCUCUAUUCAGGCACCUGGCCCUGCAGCACUUCAGGUGCACAUCAAAACUUAGAUCAUACCAUUGGACCUGCAGUCCCUAUGUGGUCCUGCAGCAGUCUGUGAGCCACACACCUUAGAUAAGAACACAACAGACCUCAGAUAAGACACAUGCCUGACUCAGAUCAAACAGCAAAACUUUGCACAUCAGACUUGAGAUCUCACUCCUGGCCCUGCAAACCUUCUGUGAGUCACAUGCCCACACUGAACCUGGAUCAGACACCUGGUCCUGCAGCCCCAUUGUUAGCCACAUGCACACAUCAAAUCCCAGAUCAGACACUUGGCUCUGCAGCCUGCACCAUAUAACACAUCAGCCCCCCAAGAACCUGUAGCCCACAUAAGACCCUCUAGCCCACAUCACACCAAAGAUCAGAUUUCAAGGACCUGCUGUAUGUCUAAUAAAACUAAAAGCUAAUGAACCAAGAGAGUCACUUCAACUUCAUAUAUACCUUUUGCCAGCCCAAUAGGGAAUGUAUGAAAGCUGGAUACCUGGCAAUCCUAAUUCAAACAAUCUCUAGGCCAAUAUUUACUGUACAUUUGGUUGUAAUUACAUAUCUCAAUCAAAUAUAAAUUCAGUAUGAUAAUGUUUAAAUGUCAAAUCUGGCUUAUAACUUACAAAAACAUUUUUAAUAAAUUCACAACUAUAUAUUUAGUUGCCACUUAGUUGCUUAAAGGGAUAGGAAAGUCAAAAUUAAACUUGCAUGAUUCCGAUAGAGCAUGUAGUUUUAAGACACUUUAAAAUUAACUUCUAUUUUCAAAUGGGCUUUGUUCUCUUGGUAUACCUUGUUGAGAAAGAAUACGCACAUAUCCUACGCUAGUGGGAGCUGCUGCUUAUUGGUGCCUACACACAUUUGUCUUUUGUGAUUGGCUGAUUAGAUGUGCUCAGCUAGCUGGUAGUAGUGCAAUGCUGUUCCUUCAGCAAUGGAUAACAAGAGAACAAAGCAAAUUUGAUAAUGAAAGUAAAUUGAAAAGAUGUUUAAAAUUGUAUGUUCCAUCCAAAUCAUGAAAGAAAAUGUUGGGGUUUCCUGUCCCUUUAAAGUGAAGGUCAACUUCACACAACUGCCCCACGGCAUCGGAUAAACUUUGUUGCCGGCGGGAGGUGUAAGAGGAAAAGUGGGAAGUGUAUAUAUAUAUAUAUAUAUAUACAGUAUAUAUAAUAAAAGCAAAAAACUAAAAUGAAUACUGGCAGACUGUCUGCCAGUACCUAGGAUGGUGGUGACCAGGGCGUGAGGGAGGGAAGAGUGCUGUUUGGGAGGGAUCAGGGGGCGGGUGGUGUCAGGUGGAAGGAUAAUCUCUUCACUACAGCUAAAAUUAACCUUACAAGCAACCUGAUUAACCCCUUCACUGCCAGGAAUAAUAGAAGUGUGGUGCACAGCUGCAAUUAGCAGCAUUCUAAUUACCAAAAAACAAAGGCAAAUCCAUGUAUGUCUGCUAGCUCUGAACAAAGGGGAUCCAACGGAAGCUUUUAAAAUAAAAUGUGUCAUGAUUGCACAAGCGGUAUGUAAAUAAUGUCAGUGAGAAACACAAAGUUUGUGAAAAAGUUAACAAUUUUUUUUAUAUGAUCACAUUUGGCAGUGAAAUAGCGGCAUGAAAUAUACCAAAAUGGACCUAGAUCAAUACCUUAGGUUGUCUUCUUAAAAAAAAUAUUUCGUUUUGACAGGUAAAUAAAAAAAAAAACAACUAGGCUCUAUUUCUAUUUAAAUGGAGUGAUAGCAAAAAUGCUAAAAAGUCUCCGGUAUUUUGGGAAAGUUCUUCUCUGAAAUUCCUGGUAGCAAAGGAGUUAAGAGAAAAUGCCUUUAAGACAUUUUACACUGCCUCACUCUGUUCUGAUUUCACUGUCUGUUCUCAUGGCAGUGUCUUAUCUAAAGCAGAAGGGGGGGGGGGGUUACAUUCUACUGUCUGUGAGAAUAUUGAUUUUAUUUUGAACAAUUGCUUUAAAUUAUGAUUAACUUAACACAUGGAGACGCCUGCUACACUAACUGUUUAAUUAUUAGGGGCCAUAUUACAAGUGGAGUGCUAAUUAACGUUCCCGCUUGAGCGUUAAUUGUGCUAGAAGUAAGCUUUUUGCGCUCUUAUUAUGAGUUGAAAGUAAACUGUUUUUGCUCACGAGCUAACCUAACGAGCGCAAAAACCCGAACUUAGAAUAUCGCCUGUGCAUCAACGUAUUCCUCCAAAGAAGUCAAUGAUGAAAAAAAUUUGUGGAAAAAACACCCCACUCUCACGCAAACCUGAUUGCAUAUUCUCAUGUGCACU